CACAUGAUGUUGCAAAAGAGAGAGAGAUAUAUAUAUAUAUUUCACGCUACAAUUUUAUUCUAAUUUGAAUUGUUCUGGUAUGCCAGUACCCGGUCACUAGCUUAGAAUUAUGCAUUCUAAAUGACUAAUUUAUUCCUAAAGUUAUAUAACUCAACAUGGAUACAUAUCAUAUCAUAAUCAUAAUUAUAUUUUAAAGUUCAACAUGUAAGCAUGUUAAUUUAUUAUCCUACAUCAUUUCCAUAAUAUUUUAACAUGUAUCCUUCCACCUUUUUAUAAUAUUUAACAUACAUAUUCAUCAAUAUAUCCCGCAUCAAAUGGCAUAGCAUCAUUUGUGCUUGUCUAAUCCAUAUGGAGUAGAACUUAUCAUUGUGGUAUGGAAGUAUGGGUUAUUCGUGCCAUGCUGUUCUUUCGAAAACUUUCUACUACCUCUAUUGUAAAAUGUAGCUAUUUCUAUCACAGUAACUUAUCUCAAAAUAAAACUUUUUUUUUUUUCAAAUGCCCUCUCCUCUUAACCAACCACAAACAUUCCCCUUCACCUACUUUUUUUCUCCACCAAUCAUAACCCUCCAAUUAUUUCUAUAUACUUUUUUAAUUCCCGUGCCCAUCUAAAAAAAUAUUUACAUUUUAGAACAGAAGAAAUACAUCAACAUUAUUUACAUAAUUUUUUUUCUAAACUAUUUGUUCGCUUUAUAAUAUUUAAUUUAAUACAUCAAUAUGAGACAAUAUUCUCCAUCCACGAAAGUUUGGAUCCAUGGCCUACGCCAAAACCCCAACUGCAAAAUAAUCCUGGCUACAGACAGAUCGAGAGGCAGGCAAUGCGACAAGAUUACACGACACACUUGAACCAAUGAACCACCAUUGUCACUUUGCCAGUCACUAGCUAGUAUAGCUAGCUAGCUUGAUCGGAUCAAUGGCUUCCGGUGCGGAGGUGAGAGUCGUUGCCGCCAUCCGCGUCCCGCUCCUCCGCCGCUCGCCGCCGCACCUCGAGCAGAUCCCGCUCUCCCUCUUCGACGUCUGGUUCUUGCCGCAGCCGCCGAUCCAACGCCUCUUCCUCUACGACGACGACGGCGGCGGCGGUGGCGCCGACGACUACUUCCCGUCCCUCGUCGAGUCGCUAAGGUCGUCGCUCGCCGACGCCGUCGCGGUCUUCUUCCCCCUCGCCGGGAAGCUCACGUACGUCCCCUCCACUGGCGACGUCGUCGUCGACUGCUCGCCGUCCGCCGUCGGGGACGGGGUCGCGUUCCUGGAGGCGGAGAGCGACGGCGACGCGCGGGCGCUGUCGGCCGCCAAGCGGCACGACGUCCCGGCGUUCUUGCGGCUCGUGCCCAGCCUGGAGGCCCCCGAGCUCCCCGCGCCGGUGCUCGCCGUGCAGGUGACGCGGUUCGUCGGCGGCGGGGACCGGGGCGGCGUCGCGGUCGGUGUGGCCGUGCACCACGCCGUGGCGGAUGGCCUGAGCUUCUGGCGGUUCAUGGACGUGUGGUCGGCGGCGGCGCGCGGCCGGCCAUCUCCCCCCGCGCCGGUGUUCGACCGGUCGGCGAUCGUGCACCCCAUGGCCGCUGACGUGGCGCGGCGCAUCCUCCGGAAGGUGACACCGGAGCUACCACUGCUCCCCACCGCGAAUUGGUUGAGGCGAACGUGGCAACACCACGACACGACCACGCGCCGUCCGCCGUCGCCGACGGGGUCGCGUUCCUGGAGGUGGAGGUCGACGGUGGCACGCCGGCACGGACGCCCACCGAGAGGCUCGACGUCCCGGCGUUCUUGCGGCUCGUGCCCAGCCUGGAGGUCCCCGAGCUCCCCGCGCCGGUGCUCGCCGUGCAGGCGACGCGCUUCGUCGGCGGCGGGGGCGGGGGCGGCGUCGCGGUGGGCGUGGCCGUGCACCACGCCGUGGCAGACGGCCAGAGCUUCUGGCGGUUCAUGGACGCGUGGUCGGCGGCGGCGCGCGGCCGGCCAUCUCCCCCCGCGCCGGCGUUUGACCGGUCGGCGAUCGUGCACCCCAUGGCCGCUGACAUGGCGCGGCGCAUCCUCCGUAAGAAGGCACCGGAGCUACCACUGGAUCCCCACCGCAAAUCUCUUGAGACGAACGUGGGAACGUCACGUCGUGACCACGCUAGAACUGGACAGCCACCGCAUCGGCCACAUCAAGAACCGCAUCGCGGAGCUCGACGAGGCAACCACGGCGAGCCCCGGGACAGAGCGCCGCCCCCGCCGGCUCCCCUCCACGUUCGUCGCCGUCGCGGCCCUCGUCUGGUCGUCCGUCGUCCGGGCCAGGGCGUCCCGCCAGCCGGACGACGGCGCCCGCGCGCACCUCGUAUUCCCAGCCGACUGCCGGCGGCGGCUGGAUCCGCCGGUCGACGCGGCAUACUUCGGCAACUGCGUCCGGUGCUGCGUCGCCGGGGCGGCCGCCGGCGACCUGGCCGACGCCCACCGCGGCGUCCUGCACGCGCGCGAGGCGAUCCGGGAGGCGAUCGACGGGUUCUUGGAGCACCCGAUGGUGGAGGCGUUCGACGCGUGGAUCGACGCCGUCGCCGCGCUGGUCCGGCAGCCCGGGUUCGUGGCCGUGACCGCGUCGCCGCGGUUUCAGGUGUACGAGGUGGAUUUGGGCUGGGGCGCGCCGAGCCGGGUGGAGUUCGCGUCGGAGAGUUUGCCCAAUGGCAUGGUGGCGAUGACCGCCGGGCGGAAGGAGGCGAGCGUGCAGGUGAUGGCGACGCUCCGUCCGGAGCAUAUGGAGGCGUUUAGGUCGCAACUUCUUUACUGGUGAGUGACAGCACCGUUGAGCUGUGAUCCAAAUUCAUUUAUACAUAAUAAAUGUAGCUUUUACCAGAGCGAAGCGGAGGCCCGUAGAUGCUAGAGGCUGAGCAGAAGUGAUCGUUAUAUUUUAGGGUUUCACCUUUGUAUAUAUAUCUUGUAAGCUGCCGUUCAGUGUGGUAAUCUCACCCUGAUAUAGUGAAGAUAUAUUGCUGACGUCAA